AUUUUUCUGUUAUUUUCUCUUGCUUUUGCAGCUUUCAGAGUGGUUGGAGGCUAAACACCAACUUGAUUUUACUGAGAGAGAUUAUGCUUCUCGCGUUGAUUUGAUUGCAAAGUUACGUGGCCUUCAAACAGCACAGAGCUAUAUUGAGAAGAUCCCAAAAUCCUUCAGAGGGGAAGUAAUCUACCGAACCUUGUUGGCCAACUGUGUUUCCAAAGGUGAUGCGAGGAAAGCUGAGGAAGUUUUCAACAAAAUGAAGGACCUUGAAUUCCCAAUCACUUCAUUUGCAUGCAACCAGCUGCUUCUCCUCUAUAAGAGACUUGACAAGAAGAAGAUAGCUGAUGUGUUGUUAUUUAUGGAGAAAGAAAAUAUCAAGCCUACACUCUUCACUUACAAACUCUUAAUAGAUACCAAAGGCCAAUCCAAUGACUUAACAGGGAUGGAUCAAAUUUUAGAGACCAUGAAAGCUGAAGGGAUUGAACCUGACAUCGCCACUCAAGCAAUCCUGGCCAAGCACUAUGUUUCCGGUGGCCUCAAAGAAAAAGCUGAGGCUAUUUUGAAAGAGAUGGAAGGAGGAAACUUAAACGCAAACCGUUGGGCUGCUCGGUGUUUGCUUCCUCUUUAUGCUGCACUUGGGAAAGCGGAUGAAGUGGGGAGAAUUUGGGAGGUCUGUGAGUCAAAUCCUCGGCUCGAGGAGUGCAUGGCUGCUAUUGAAGCUUGGGGAAAGCUGAAGAGAGUUGAUGAAGCUGAGGCAGUUUUUAAUAAGAUGCGGACGACUUGGAAGAAGCUAUCUUCAAAACACUAUGCUGCACUUUUGAAGGUUUAUGCAAACCACAAGAUGCUAGCUAAGGGGAAAGAUCUGGUCACGCAAAUGGGAGACAGUGGAUGCCGGAUUGGCCCAUUGACUUGGGAUGCACUUGUUAAGCUUUAUGUUGAAGCAGGUGAAGUAGAAAAAGCUGACUCGAUGCUGCAAAAGGCUGCCGAGCAGAACAAGCUGAAGCCAAUGUUCAGUUCUUACAUAGCUAUUAUGGAUCAAUACUCAAAAAGGGGUGAUAUACAUAAUGCGGAAAAAAUGUUUUACAGGAUGAGACAAGCAGGUUAUGUGGCUCGGCUUAGGCAGUUCCAAGCACUAGUACAAACUUACAUAAAUGCCAAGGCUCCAGCUUAUGGGAUUAGGGAGAGGAUGAAGGCAGACAAUAUAUUCCCAAGCAAGAACUUGGUUGCCCAAUUGGCUAAGGUGGAUGCAUUUAGGAAGACUGCAGUCUCAGAUUUGCUUGACUGAAGAUUUUGGAUUUAAUAUUAAUGCGAACUAUCCUUCAUUAUGAGUAGGUGAAUCUGUUAUUGGUGAUUCUAUUAGAUAUUUAAAGCCGGUUAUCUUCGUAAGGAUGUUAAAUUUGAAAGUCAGUCUCGUAUCUGUUUCUUGUGCUCAUGCAAUGUUUAAAUCUCGAAAUGCCUCUUUACUGAAAUUGGAAGUCGCGUGUGUUAUUGAUUCA